GGAACAAAACAAAAACUUGAAAAGGAUCUGCGCUUUGUUUUGUUUAACUUUGACGACAGUGGUUGAGAGUGAAACAUGGAAUACGCCGAAGACUUGCUAGUGGACCAGGAUCAUCGGUAUUCCGGAUUGGAUCGUAUUUUAUUCCUGUCAUGUCGACGCUGUAUGCGUUACUCGCCAUUCUUGAUCUAUCUACCACCUGAUGGGGCCUCAGUAGAAAUGGCCAUUGAAUAUGUCCUCUGCGCGGGAUGUGUUCCGCCAGAUUCAAUGAUUUCCGUUUCGAAGAGCUUGAUCAAUAAAGAUUUCCUCCAGCUGAUCAAGGGGUUCGAGUACUCGAAUCCUUUCUUCCGACGGUAUGCCCUAAUAUAUCGAAUACUUAUCACCACCGAUACUCGGCUGGAGAUAGACUGCGACCAGUAUAACAAUCUUCCCAUGUACGAGAAGCUGCUCAAACUACAGGAACAAUUCCCCGCCGUUCAUCUCUUACAGAACAGGCGCUUUUCGGGCCUUUCUGAAAUAUCUAAUUUGAUUGCCACUCGCAGCGACAAAAUCCGUGAAUACUACACCAUUCAGAUCAAACCGAAGCCUGUGGAGAUCGUUAUGUCUGAAGAUUUAGAAGCUAUUUCAUCAGUAGAGAGCCUAUCAAGCCCUUCGGUACCGGUCUUGAAACAAACCGCUCGCUUGAAGCUAGUGACUUCAGCAGAAAAUGUUUCUUGCGACGUUUGUCGUCUGGCUAUAGAGAAUAACACAAUCCAGUUUGGACCCUGCAUUGAGAAGCUGCAUAACAAGGAAACUUUCCGUUGCCACUAUUUAUGCCUCCUUUCCGGCACACACAUCGUCCAGAGAGGAAUCGACGCAUCGGGAAUAUUUGGAUUUCUAAUCAACGAUGUGAAACAAUCUUUUCAAAAGUAUCGCAACAAUGUUUGCUACUGCUGUGAACAACUGUCGGCUCCGAUCGAAUGCAAUGCUGCAGACUGUAAGCGUUACUUCCACUACAUUUGCGGUUACCGAAAGGGCUGCCUAACGCAGUUUACUGGUGAUUAUACCUCGUACUGCCACGAACACUUGCCCAUUGACAGUAGCUUGCAACCCGAAGCCGAAACAGAAUGCUCAAUCUGUUGGGACAAACUGCCACCCUUCAAUCCCGUAUCUUGUGUUCCCACGUUUUGUGAGCCGGAAAAUUCGACGAUAGAUCAGCAAAUGGAAGUGAACUGGUUCCACCGUGAAUGUCUUCAGAAGUAUGCCUACGAAGCUGGAUAUUAUUUCAAGUGUCCGAUUUGUCACGAUAAGCAAACCUUCCCGAACCAUGUCAAAACGCACGGAAUUUUCGUUCCCAUGAGAGAUGCCAGCUGGGAGUUGGACAAAACCUAUUUCAAAGAUCUGCACGGAUGCAAGUGUUCGGCAGAAAACUGCAAAAUUUUGGACAACCAACUAAACACCGGUCAGAUGGUUGGCUGCAAAGCCUGUGGAGGCGAAACGCUGCACUUGAUAUGCGCCGAAAUCAGUGACCCCAACGAUUACGUUUGCUCCAAGUGUAUGGAUGCCACCUUCAUUAAGCUGUUGUAGGGCGGGUUUGCUCCGCUUAUCAUGCGAAAUGUUUUGAACUGACUUUUGUGUUACAGGAUCUAUCACAUUAAUAAAAUUCUUGUCUGCUAUUGAUGACAGAGACAUGCAGUA